AUGGCAAACACUAAUGAGCAAGAUCGACGACCCAAUGAACACCAGAGACAGUUAGAAAACCGUAUCAAAAAAGGUGAUCUUAGGUGCUACUCGCAAAGCGACAUUGAUAAGAGCCAUGUAGCUGUGGAUGCUGGCGGAUGUGGUAUAAUAUACAAGGCAAUAAUGAAGAUCUCUGGAAAGCAUGUCGCAAUAAAAAAGCUGCGUCGCCGUCCGUACGAAGAUAAGAGCACAGUAUACAAAAUGCUCGCAAAAGAGAAUCCGCUAGGCGAUACACCAGAUCACAUAUCAGUUUUCUUUGAUGAACCUGAACGCAAUCGAAUGGAUGCCCCUGUAAAUGCUCCUCCAUCAAGUGACUACCAGCCGUAUUUAAAAUUGGAUUGGAUUCGACAUGUGGGAAUAACGGCAUUCGAAAAAAUUCUCAAACCAAAUUACGAUUCGGUAUGGAGCCAAUUAGAUCGGAUCAAGACGGAAUUUCUGGAAUCAAAUCCGUGCCUCUGCCGAUUGUAUAAUAUCUUGACAAAUGCUCUAAAAUCUGAUGACCCUCUCAACUCGCUAUAUGUUGCACUUGGUAAAGAAGCAAAAGAAAUUGUAGAAUCAAACACGUUUGAACGUUAUUUAUACGAUGUAGUGGUAACAGUUGUAGAGGUUCUAGUGGAGGUUCAAACAAUGCUUUCUUUCUAA